AUGGGCAUGCUUUUUCUGCCGAAAUACUCGGACUCAGCAGUCCCAAUUGCAGUUCGGCCUGCACAGCCUUCGUCGAAACGCAUCGACGUCGAACCCACGAGGAGGAGCAGCGGCGCAACAGUCCCAGCAGGUAGCACCGUCUAUGGAGCAGAUUCGGGCUCACUACAACAGGAAAAACCAGACAGUGGCGUACGUCUACCCAUAUUUCUGCUGUCUGCGGAACAAUCGAAGCUCAUUGUUUUUCUGUCUAGCUACUACACUAUCAGCUUGAUUCUCGGCACAGUCGCCCUGUCAUACGGAUCCGUACCUCUGUACAAAAUGAUCUGCCAAACUACCGGCUGGGGCGGCCAACCGGUCCGCGCACACGGCGGCUCCUACGACGGCGACAUUUCUAACCGCCUCGUGCCCAUCACGUCCGCUAACCGAAUAAAAGUCACCUUCAAUGCCUCUGUAUCUGACGAGCUCCCCUGGAAAUUCGUUCCCCAGCAGCGCGAAGUCCGCGUCCUACCCGGAGAGACCGCUUUGGCCUUCUACAAGGCCACAAACAAAGGCGACAAGGAUAUCAUCGGCGUCGCGACGUACAGUGUUACGCCGGCGCAGUGUGCCCCCUAUUUCAGCAAGAUUCAGUGUUUUUGCUUUGAGGAGCAGAGGCUAAAUGCCGGAGAGACUGUGGAUAUGCCUGUCUUCUUCUACUUGGAUCCUGACCUGCUAAAUGACUUGAAUAUGAAGGGUGUGGAAACGGUAACACUCAAUUACACAUUCUUCAAAGCACGAUAUGACAACAAUGGGCGAUUCAAGGCUCCUGCUGUAGCUUGA